AUGCGACUUCUCAACACCACGACAUUGACAUUAGAGAGCUUCAUCAGCGGACGACCCAAAUAUGCCAUUCUAUCGCACACUUGGGGGUCGGAAGAGGUCAUCUUCGAGGACAUCCGGACCCCAAAUCAGACUUCUCUUCGACAAAAGGCAGGGUGGCCAAAGAUCGGAGGCUCUUGCGCACUCGCCCUGAAAGAUGGCCUUGACUGGAUCUGGAUCGAUACCUGUUGCAUCGACAAGUCUUCGAGCUCCGAGCUUUCUGAGGCCAUUAAUUCUAUGUUCCGUUGGUACCGAGAAGCAGAGAUAUGCUACGCCUAUCUGGAAGAUGUGCCCCCCUUGAAGUACGCCUCGAUCAUUGGCUUUCCCAAUCUCGCUGCUGACCUGGACUCGGAUCACAUCGUCGCCAUCGAGAACGAUCAAAAAACAUUCCUCGGAAGCCGAUGGUUCACUCGAGGUUGGACCCUCCAAGAGCUUGUUGCGCCAGAAAAAGUCGACUUCUACGCUUCAAAUUGGUCUUUUCUAGGAACGAGGGUCGACCUUGCGGACGUUAUUCAUAAACACACUAUGAUAGACAAAGAGGCUCUCGAAUUGAAGGGUGCUCAAAAGCUAUCAAACUUUACCGUAUGGAACAGAAUGCAAUGGGCUGCCAGCCGAGAGACAACUCGAGUCGAAGACACUGCUUAUUGUUUACUGGGAAUUUUUGAGAUCAACAUGCCACUUCUGUACGGGGAGGGUGGCCGAGCGUUCCGCCGCCUCCAGGAAGAAAUUCUCAGGACCGUCGAGGACUAUAGCCUGAUGGCCUGGACAUCAUACGAUACGUUGCCUCAGCCUCUCAGAGUGACGCGAUGGACAGAGACUUCAAGAAGGGCACGCAGAGAAUAA